AUGUCCCAUUUGUCUGUGGUGAUGUCUUAUGAGAAAUCGGCCGGUCUAUCAAUGAUGUUGUCGCCACUUCGUGGAUCCACUCGACACGAUGUAAUUGGCUUCAACACAGGAUUGAUGAGCAAAUCGAACGACACGAAUAAUGUGAGGGUGUUUGAGUCGCUAAAGUGUUGGAACUGCAGGGAAACAGUAACUGGAGAGAUGGGCGCUGACGGGAAAGUUCAGGGAUUUCACCAAACGAGCUGCUCCACGUUCAUCUGUACUCCGUGCCAUGCGUUGAGCCCGCGCGAUCGGAAACGAAUGCAUUUGUGUAUUGAAAAGUACUGCAUCGUUGCUUCGCCGAAUGUCAAUGCGAUCUGGUUGAGCAUUUUGCUCAGUGACACGGUGAGGCUGAGCCCUGACAAGAACGGGUACAUUCUCGCUAAAGCGUUCACAACGCCGAAAUGCCCGACUUGUGACGAGGGCUUCUCGGUCGCGAUCCCAAAACGGCAUCCAUUUGUUUUGACAAAGUGUGGACACACAAUUUGCAGGGGAUGCUCGGAGCGACUCCAUCCCCAAUACCCUCAAGUGCUGUGCCCCGGUUGCAAAACUGCUAGCAACAAGUGGGAUUGUCGACGGGAUCAAAUCCUAUUUGAGCUUCUCAACGAUGUGGAGGCUGAUAAAGAGGUCAAAUCAAUUCGAGUGCACUCGUUCGACUCGUUGAAAUGUUGGAGCUGCGCACAACCGGCACUUGGCAACUGUAAAUUGGGUGCAAACGGAGAACUUCAAGGAGUCUACCAAAUGAAAUGUGUGACAGCGUUUCUCUGUGGUCGAUGCGUUGCCAGUGAUCCAAGGCGACGCCAACGAAUGCAUGUAUGUGGUGAGACGGAUUGUGCCUCGAUCCGGCUAAGUCCCUACUCAAUUUGGGUGAAGCUCGUCGUGGAUGGAUUCGUGAAAAUGAGCUCGGAUUGCAGCGGUUACGUAAUCGAGAAGCCGUUUCCCCAAAUUGAAUGUCCGAUUUGUGCAGAGACUUUCUCGACAUCUCCUUCAGCUCGAGAACCCAUCGAUCUCCCAUGCGGACACACGGUGUGUCAGGGUUGCUCGGGAAAACUUCUCAUCAACGAGACACAAGUCCGGUGUGGAAACUGUGGAACAGCAACCCACAGGGAUCAGAAUCGAAAGAACAGGAUCCUUAUCGCUUUCCUCAAUGAGCUCAAUUCCGUUCUAAACAAUCCUCAACAGAAGGAGAAAUGCGAGAAAUGUGGCGUAGAACAUCGACCGAACAAAAGCGUCCACUGCGAGGAGUGCCGGAUGACACUGUGUGCCAUGUGUUUUCUGAUGGAACAUAGAGAACACGAGUUCACACGAUUAGAUGGAAUAGCCAUCGCCUAUCAGAUCAACGCCUACUCGAAGGCGGUUCCCAUUCUUCAGCAAGAAGUCGACACUUCGAUUCAGCUCUUCGAGAAUUUGGUCGUCGAGAAGAGAGGAGAAUGGCCAGACUGUCAGGUGUUUGGGAAUCGAUUUGAGGAAAUCUCCGAGGAAUAUAUCCCUCACUUACGCACUUAUGGCACCAAAUUGAAGCAACUCUGCGACGAAGCUGCGGGAAAGGACAUCGAAUCA